AUGGGAGUUUACGAGGAAGCAAAGGCGCGCAUAACAAGUCUUCAGUGUCGAGUACAGCGCGUAUACGAGGCCGGGGAAGCAUUGGGAAAUGAUUCUUCAAACAAGUUGGCCAAAACUAAAUUUAAAAUUAUGUUUGCGACAAUAGAAAAUUUAUAUUCGGAUUUUGAAACGCAAUUAAUGGUAAUAAUACGUCACCAAUGUAAAAGUACACCCGUGGUAGAUGCUAUCGACACCGAUAGUGUGCGUGCUCUUUUUGAGGAGAAGUAUAUCGGAUGUAAAAUAUUUGCGGACGAAUACUUACCGGAGGCAGUUGUCGACGAUUCGCUCAACAAAACAUUUUUUGAAUCAAAAGCUCUCAGCGCCUCACAACCCUAUCACCCGAUCGAAAAAUUAGCAGUACCUAAAUUUGGUGGAAACCCUAUGGAAUAUACCAGUUUUAGGAAUAUGUUUGACAAAUUAGUUGGUGAAUCUAAUAUGUCGCCAGUGGUGAAGUUUGGUUACUUGAAAUCUUAUUUGGUGGGAGAACCAUUAAGUUUGGUAUCUAAUCUCAUGUUGACUGAUAGCAACUACGAACUAGCUUUGGCGCAGUUAACUGAUCGUUAUUCAAACCGCCGUGUUAUCGCGGAUAGUCACAUUGAAGCUCUAUUUAACGCGCCAAGAGCAACCUUCGGUGAUGGUAGUUCUAUAAGAAAACUACUAAAUGUAAUUUUAGAAUCAACGGGUGCUCUCCAAAAUCUAUCGUAUGCAGUAGAUCAAUGGGACCCCAUUCUACUACAUCUAUUACAAAAGAAAUUAGACAAUUAUUUAAGAGCGCAAUGGGAACUACUAGUAGAUACCUCCGAGGACCCAUCUAUGAAGGAGUUUACCACGUUCUUAACAAAAUACUGCAAAUCAGCUACCGUAUCGCAAGGAAGUGUCAAGGUAACCACAAAAGGACUCAAACCAAACAAAUCUAUCACAUUAUUCAGCAGCCAACCAGAACGAAAGCUUGAACAGGGAAGGAAGAAUAAGUCAUUUUCCUGUCCUGUCUGUAAUACACAACCGGGUCACUUGCUGAUAAACUGUCAAUCGUUCAAAGAUAAAACACCAACCGAACGGCAUCAAACAAUCAAGGAAUUGAAAAGAUGUUUUAUCUGUUUCAGUGCGCACAUGGCCAGUGAAUGUAAAAACCAACGAAACUGUUCUACGUGUGGGGGUAAGCACCAUACUCUACUGCAUUUGGAAAAAACCGAACCGAACGUUACCACGACCCAUUUAACCGUUGCGGCUGCAGAAACAAAAGGUUAUCAUACGUCCGUUUUAUUAGCGACAGCCUCUGUAGUUCUGCAAAACAAAAAUGGUCAAUCGGUUACAGUAAGAGCACUACUUGACAGCGCAAGUCAAAGUAGCUUUGUCACUGAACGUUGUGUCCAGCUUUUAGGCUUAAAAAGAGAAAAGUGUGAUGUAACCGUUCAAGCGUUGUCCGGAGCUGAAGUCCCAGCGGUAAGAGGAAGAGCUAAUGUCGAAGUACGACCGGUCGACCAACAAAGUCCCAUGUUCAGCAUUGACGUUUUAAUUCUAACGCGUAUUACUGGACCAGUUCCGUCGAAAAGAGUGUGGAAUCAUUCAUGGCCACACAUCAAAGGUUUGAAGUUAGCCGAUCCAUCGUUUGCCGAAGCGUUACCAGUUGAUGUCUUGCUCGGCGCUGAUGUCUUUCCACAGCUUCUCUUAGGCGACAAGGAAGAAGGUGAGGUAGAUGAACCGAUAGCGCUAUCUACGGUGUUUGGCUGGGUUUUGAUGGGUAAAACGACCAACGGUCCAAAACAACAAAUUAUCACCUUAUGUUCGUCUGAAUCCGUAAAUCAUACGUUACAACAAUUUUUCGAGAUCGAAGAAGUUCCAAAAGUUGAGAAAAAUAACCCAGCCGAUUUAGAGUGUGAGCAAAUUUAUCAAACAACCACAACACGACAACAAGAUGGACGAUACAUAGUGCAUCUUCCGUUCACACGAAAUCCCCCUCUACUUGGGAAAUCCAGAGACGUAGCGCUGCAUCGCUUACGAAGUUUGGAAAAUAAGUUCAAAAAAUCACCAGAACUUCAUAAAGAGUACAAUAUGGCAAUACAAAUUGUUGUGACCGAAGCUCACCGACCGUACCAACGCUUGCUUUACCGGUUCUCUUUGGAUGAACCAGUUCAAGAAUAUCAAAUGAACACGGUAACUUUUGGACAAAAGUCAUCUCCAUUUCUCGCCAUCCGCACUCUGCAUCAGUUGGCAACUGAUGAAGCAGUAAAUGAACCACUUGUACAAACAGUUGUUAAACGUGAUUUGUAUGUAGAUGACAUAGCAACCGGAGCCGAAAGCGAAGAAGCUGCAAUAGAUCUGCAGAAAAAACUCGAAAACACGUUUGCAAAAGGUCACUUUGAGUUACGCAAAUGGUCAAGUAAUUCCGACAAAUUACUGAGUAACAUUCCACUCGAUCACCAACAAACACUACCAGUGACGUUUGAAGAACAUGAGUUGACAUAUACCAAAGUCUUGGGACUAAAUUGGGAUCCGAAGGUUGAUUCACUAAGCUACAAAUAUCAACCCAAUCCGGUUAAAUACAGCAAGCGAGCUAUUUUAUCCGAGAUCGCUAGAAUCUAUGACCCUCUAGGUCUAUUGGCACCAGUAACCACGGUUCUAAAACGUUUGAUAAAAUAUCUAUGGGUCUUGAAAGUUGACUGGGAUGACAUUAUACCCGAAGAUGCUAAAUAUGCGUGGCAGCAAUAUCAUCAAGAGUUACCAAUCCUGGCAACCUUGCGUGUACCCCGAUUAGUAACCAGUCCAAACGCACUCUAUGAACUACACGGUUUCAGCGAUAGUUCGGAAGCCGCGUACGCAGCAGUAGUGUAUUUGCGGGUAUGUACAAGUGAUAGAAUAGGUUGUCAUCUCUUAAUGGGUAAGGCAAAAAUUUCUCCAACCACAAAAAUGUCCAUCCCGCGGUUAGAGCUGUGCGGUGCGUGGUUAUUAGCACACCUUUUGGAUUACGUCUCCAAAAACCUAAAAUCUUUAUCCAUUGGCACCGUAACCGCCUGGACCGAUUCCACUGUUGCGCUGGCAUGGAUUAAAUCCCCUACUAGUAGGUUAAAAACGUUUGUUGCCAACCGAGUCGCCCAGAUUCAGCUGUUGACUAAAGGGUACACGUGGCGUCACGUUCCAACCGAGGAGAACCCUGCUGAUUGCGCUUCACGGGGUCUAAGUCCUCAACAACUUACUAACCAUGACUUAUGGUGGAAAGGUCCUACAUUUUUGUGUCAACCUAAAAAUACUUGGCCAGCUCAAAACGCUGACAGUCCAGACAGCCGUUUGGAAGAAGAGGCGGAAGAGAAGCCAAUCACGCUUAUAUCUCAGGUAAAAGAAGAAGAGAGCCGCCUUUUAUAUCAAUCUGAUAAUCUGCAAAAAAUGUUGAGACUUACGGCUUACUGGUUGCGUGUUGGAGAUCAUUUAUUGGGAAAACCUUCGGCUUGUAUUUUCCCUCCGACAGUGGCCGAAACCGAGAGAUCUUUACGAUCGUUAAUACGAUGGACGCAGCGAGUAUUUUUUGCAGACAUCAAAAAAGCUAUUGCUACAGACAAACAAGUACCUGCAUCCCAUCAUCAGGAAGCGAAUACACCAAUGUAUCCCAUGUUUUCGAGUAAAACCACGACCAAACCCGCCCUUGAUGGGAAAUCUUCCAGUGUUUCGAGUUACCCAGGUCAAACCGUUCAGUCGCGCUGGUGUAGAUUUUGCCGGUCCUUUUCAAGUGAAGGCCGCAAUGUUACGGAAAAUUAA